CUGCCCGGGGCCCGGCGGCUGGGCGGACAGGAGAGCGGCGGGCGAAGUCGCGUCUGCAUGUGCGGCACAGCCCCGGCAUAGCCCGGGGCUGCCAGUGCCCGCCGCGCCAUUGUUGGGGGAGGGGGCGGCUUCUGAGCUCGGCGGAGUCGGGGGACGAGCGGAGGCGGCGGCGGCGGCGGCGAGGAGUGAAGGCGCCCCAUGGGGAACUCGCUGUCUUGUUGCCUGUCCCCCAAUGCCUGCCGCAAGUUGGGCCGGCGCAGGGGGUCAGCGGAGCCGGACUGCGAGUCUGAGGUCUACAAGGCGGCGGCCGGGAACGCGGUGGCAGUAGCUCCGGCGGCGGCUACCGUGGAACCCGCCGAGUUGGAUUUCGCAGGUGGCGAAGGCCACCACCUGCAGCACGUCAGCGACCGGGAGAUGCCCGAAGACUUAGCUUUGGAACCAAACCCUUCUGACCACCCAAGGGCAAGCACAAUUUUUCUGAGCAAACCUCAAACAGAUGUGCGGGAAGAGAGGAAGAGCAACCAUUUAAACCAUGUAUCUCCAGGGCAGCUUACUAAAAAGUAUAGCUCAUGCUCAACAAUAUUUCUAGAUGACAGCACAGUCAGCCAGCCUAAUCUUAGAACCACAGUAAAAAGAGCACGGAACUACAGAUGUGGUAACAAAACUGUGGCCUCUACCUGCUUGGACAGAACCAGGCGGGAAAAGAGAUGUAAUGAAUCUGACCUCUUGGUGCCCAUAAAGGAGAACUAAGCAAUAUGGAACUAUCUCCUGAUCAGCACAGAUGACUGAAAAUCAACAAUGAGCUAUACAAGUCAAUAAACCUGAGAAAUAACCACGGGGCUUGUGGGGAGGGGACAAUAAACAGAGAAGAAUAUUAUGAUUAAAAAUGAU